AUGUCAGACAAAGGUGUAUUAAGAAGUAUCGAAUUCAAAAACGAUCACAAUUACAGUCUUCAACUAAAUCGAUGGUACCUCAAACCGAUAGGCGCUUGGCCAUUGACCGGCGCGACAAACGUAGCUGUUAGGGUCAUCGUGUUAUUACAGAAUUUUAUUUGUUGGUCUAUAGUGUGUUUUAUUAUGAUACCCUGUUUCCUAUAUAUGGUACUCGAGGCAGAGGACAUCCAGUCGAAGCUGAACGCAUUUGGCCCGCUGCUUCACAGAAUUAUGGGCUCGAUCAAUUAUCUGAUGUUGCUCAAUCGUCGCAGCGACAUUCGCGAUUGUAUACAACAAAUGGAAGCGGAUUGGCGACUCGUUGGGAGAAACGACGAUCGUGAGAUGAUGUUACAACAGGCCAGAUUGGGCCGUCUUAUUGCCUUAAUCGCGGGAAUAAUUAUGCAAGGCGGCACUUUACUCUACAGUAUAGCCAAAGCAAUGAAAACUGUCACCAUAGUUGUUGAUAAUGAGACGUUGACGAUGUAUCCGAUGACAUGUCCAUCUUACCGAAAGAUUAUCGAUACAAGGUUCAGCCCUACGAACGAAUUCGUGCUGGUUGUACAAUUCAUGUCGACGUUUAUAGUUGGUUCUUCUAUAGUAGGUGUUUGCAGCCUGGCUGCUGUCUUUGCGACGCACGCUUGCGGCCAAUUAAGCGUGCUAUACAAGCGAUUAGACGAGCUCGAUAAGGAAGACGAGAAAGGGAACUAUCUAGCUAAACAAAAAAUGGUCGACAUCGUAGAACGUCAUUUGAGAAUCCUAAGUUUCGUAACGCGCAUGGAAAAUAUUUUCCACAAUGCCAGUUUUGUGGAAGUAACGGGAAGCACAAUAACGAUGUGUUUGCUUGGAUAUUAUUCCAUUAUGAAUUGGGCUAAUUUUGAUGGAGCAAAAAUCGCAGCUUACAUUAUUGUAUAUGUAUCGCAGGGCUUUAAUCUUUUUAUAUUUUGUUAUAUCGGCGAAAUUCUCACAGAACAGUGCAAAAAUGUUGGACAAGCGGCAUACAUGACUAAUUGGUACAACUUAAAUCAAAGUACUGCACGUGGUCUUGUUUUGGUAAUAUUACGAUCGAGUAAAUUGAUCAAGAUAACUGCGGGAAAAUUAUUUCAGUUAUCUAUCGCGACUUUUGGGGACGUGCUUAGAACUUCCGUGGCAUACUUGAAUAUAUUGCGAACUAUGACUACAUAA